AUGCUUGACACACUUAUCGGUGGGUACGGGCAGCACGGGUUCGGCCACAAGGACCACAUAAGCAGUGGUUAUGGCUUCGAGGGGCGCAGUGAAUUUGUGUCUCAUGAGGACUCAGGAAGGGGCCACUUUGAUCGUCAAUCCCGCUACGAGCACCAAAUGACGCUUCCGGCUAAUCACGGCCGUCCAUCCAUGCCUCGCAUGCCUGGCUGUGAGGACGACUCAGACGAUGAUGGGUUCGAGAGGAGAAGCCAUAGCCACCACACUACUGUGAUGUCGCAGCACCAACAGAAACCCCAUAUGAACUUCGGGCCCUCACCUCCGUUGGCUUCCCCAAAUCACAACGGAAAGAUGGGUAAUGGAUGGCAGGGAGGGCAUGGAGAUGGAUACCAUGGCGGGCAUGGGAUGCAGCAGCACGGUGGUCACGGCAUGCAGCCUCACGGUGGUCACGGGAUGCAGCAGCACGGUGGUCACGGCAUGCAGCAGCAUGGUGGGCAUGGGAUGCAACAGCACGGCGGGCACGGGAUGCAGCAGCACGGCGGGCACGGGAUGCAGCACCAUGACGGGCACGGGAUGCAGCACCAUGACGGGCACGGUAUGCAGCAGCACGGGGCGCAUGGGAUGCAGCACCACGAUGUGCAUGGUAUGCAGCAGCACGGGGCCCACGGGAUGAAGCACCAGGACAGGCUUAUGGGUCCUCAGAUUUCACCACAUCAUGUCUACAUGAACCCCAACCAUGGAAGUGGCAGUGGCCGUGCAGUAGUUGUGAAGGCUUCGGAGAACUGGCGAAUGAGCAAGAGCUCCGGCGGCCACCAAAAGGUCGGGUGGGGGAGUAAGGGACUCUAACUGCACCACAAUACUCUGCUGGUUCAAAUAAGAAGUAAGGAUUAUAUAAUCCUAAAUAAUAAUUUUAUAAGAUGUAUGUGUGUGAUGUUUCUGUAAUGUACCAAAACCAAACACUGGACUCUUAAUAAAAAGUGUUUUCGUUUCAUGAACUUAUGAUUAUUAGGGGUGUUGUUGUUGCUGCUUCACUUAAAUAAAAGUUAUGCAAGUAUUAGAAAAGAAUAUUAGAUAUCUAUGUAUGUGGAGAAUUACAUAUAUGUACAUAUCUAAUAUUCUUUUAUCUAUAUAUUAGGUGAUUUUCCCGUGUUCAUGCACUGCUAUAAAUAUUUUA